CUCUCAUCCCAGGAAGUGAACUGAUUCCGAGCGACUCUCUUCUACACAUGUGAGAGGAUCCAUAACAGACCGGAGAAACACAGAAGAUGGAUAUUUCAGAGGUUCACUCGAAUCAAGGCAAUAAAAGCAAGAAGAAAAAAAACAAGAAGACAGUGAAAGCCAAGGCGAAGGUUAAAAAUCCUGAAGUGAAAGAAGAGAGCAGCACCGUGGAGAUGAAGACCGAGCCAGAGGCUGCGUUUCCCCCCACAUUUAGUGUCUCCGAGAUCAAGAACAAACAACGUAGGCACCUCAUGUUCAUGAAGUUUAAGCAGGAGAAGAGGAAGCAAAAACUCCUACUGAAGAAAAAGAGGAAAAAAGAAAGAGAAGCUCUGGGUGAUAAGGCGCCACCAAAGGAGGUCCCCAAAACGAUAGAAAACCAGAGAGUGUUUGAUGAGACGACAGUUGAUCCAGAGGAUGAAGAGGUUGCUUUUGAUGAGGGAACUGAUGAAUUUUCUGCGUAUUUUAAUGGGUUGACAAAUCCCAAAGUGCUCAUCACCACAUCAGACAGACCCAGAGGGAGAACAGUAAAGUUUUGUGAGCAGCUUGCCACUGUCAUCCCAAACGCCUAUGUUUACUACAGAAGAGGCCUCGCUCUGAAGAGGAUCAUACCCCAGUGUGUUGCCAGGGACUUCACCUAUCUAAUGGUCAUCAACCAGGAUCGCCAGCUGCCCAAUGGUUUGGUUCUUUGUCAUCUUCCCGAUGGGCCUACUGCUCACUUCAAAGUAAGCAGUGUUCGACUACGAAAAGAGAUAAAGAGAAGAGGCAAAGAGCCGACCGAACACUAUCCAGAGGUGAUUCUCAACAACUUCACCACCCGCCUUGGACACAGCAUAGGUCGUCUGUUUGCCGCUCUCUUCCCGCAGAACCCUCAGUUUGUGGGCCGACAGGUCGCCACCUUUCAUAACCAGAGAGAUUUCAUCUUUUUCAGAUUCCACAGGUACAUCUUCAAGAAUGAGAAGAAAGUUGGCAUUCAGGAGCUGGGACCUCGCUUCACUCUGAAACUCAGAUCUUUGCAGAAGGGCACAUUUGACUCAAAGUAUGGGGAAUACGAGUGGGUGCUGAAGCGCCAUGAGAUGGACGCCUGCAGGCGGAAGUUCCAGCUUUAAGUUCCUGCUUCCUGUAAUCAGACCAUGUCCAACUAAUGUGUGGAUUUGUGCAAAAUUGCUCCACUGUACCUCAGA